AACAAAAGUCAAAACGCGUACGAACAGAAGAAGCAAACUGAAACCGAGUGACGAAGCGAACCCGGGGCGUGAAAAUUGAUUUUUCUCUCGCUGUCAACGGAACGAAGAAAAGAUCUCAAGAUUGAUUUUUCAGGCUCCGGUUGAGAAGUAUUCGCGGGAUACCCUCUGCGUUUUGCACCUAUUCGGGCGAUUCGGAGUCGCUGGUCGCUGGAGUCGUGGAGAAGUGCGUAUCGGAAAAAUUUUUGACCCGAAGGAGGAAAGUUUGGUGUGCGUUUUUUUAUGUUUGCCCUGUGUGUGACUCUUGUGUGUAUUAUCGAUCCAUAGAGGAUUUUCCCUAUUCGCACUAGCUGGUUCAAAUCGAACGACAGGAAAAAAAGAAUUGUGAGCGGCGAAUCGAGCCACGGUGGUUAACAGGAUCAUUCCUGGCUGAAAGUUGGUUUUGUGCUUCUGUUUUGUCUUUCGUUUCUGUCGGUUGAGUUGAAAGGAAAUAAGUUUCUGCAAAAGCCAAAAUGUCGAACAAGAACCCGCAGGUGCUUAUCAUCGAUCCACCAAAUGAGCUGAAAUUUGUGGGCCCGUUCACGGCGGCUGUUUCGUCGUACAUGCGGUUGUCGAACCCUACGGAUAAGCCGAUACUGUUCAAAAUCAAAACAACCGCGCCUAAGAAAUACUGUGUGCGUCCAAACUGGGGCGUCCUAGAACCCAAUGACAGCAUCGAAAUAACGAUUAUACUUCAGCCAUUCAUCUUCGAUGCCGCUGAGAAGAACAAACACAAGUUCAUGGUCCAGUCGAUGUUCUAUCCAGCCGGGGGGCAGCUUGUCAUGGAGGAUCUCUGGAAAAAUGUCAAUCCGGACAACCUGAUGGAUUCCAAGCUGCGAUGUGUGUUUGAGCUGCCCGUCGACAACAACCAGACAGCACCGGGAACGACCGCAGCGGCAACCAGCACAGUCACCAGCCAGUCCGCUAAUGCUACACCAAAUAAGAACGAAUCGGGAGUAUCGGCGACUGAUUCACAGCACGGCAGCAACACAAGCAACGAGGAAGAGAAACUGUCCGAUACGUCUCUGAUGCAGGAAGUGAAAAAAUUGCGGGAAGCUGAGAGUGCACUGCGCCACGAAAAUCUCCUGCUGAAGGAGAGACUGCUGCGGAUGAGAUUAGACAUGGAGAACAGCGCCAAGGAACAGCAGCAGCAAUCGGUCAGCAGUGGACUCGGUAUGUCGGUUUCCGGUUCAUCAUCUACGUCAUCCGGACAGACAGCAGCCGCAGCGGCUCAGAUGCUGAACAAUCCAUACAGUCCGCCACAGCUUGCCGCCGGACAGCAGAUUCCCAUUGUGUAUGUGGCCGCGGCAAUCGCCAUGGCCAUAUUCGGGCUAAUCAUUGGAAAGUUUUUGCUCUGAACAUUGAACACUGUAAGUAACGGCAGCGGUGGCGGCGGCGCCAUCGGCAAUGAUAAUAAGUUUAACUAAAAAGCAGAACAACAACAAAGUAAAAAAAAAACAAACAACACUAUUGAGGGGCAUAAUUAAUUAGGGGACUGGGAGCGGUAAACAGCAAACACAAGAAUGAACGUAAACUAUUACACAACAAACACAAUGUGGGUAAAGUGCGGAGCAGAUGAAACACAAUGUACUACAAUAAAGAAAAAAAGCAGUUAUAACUGAAAACACUAGCAGUAAAAUAAAUAAACCCUACAUGGCUAAUAAAGAAAAAUCAAACUAUACAACAAAUGAAAAUCAGUGUCGAGCAAGACAUACUACGAUUACCGUAUAGGAUAAUUCGGGAAGCCAAUGGAACUAACAUUGAUGAAAAUGAUGGGAUAAAUAGUCACUGUUUUGUAAAAUCACCCGUAAUCAACAGGCGACGUGUCCCAAAAAAUCAAAGAACGUAUUUAUCCUAGAUGAUUAGAAGUAGAAGAAAAAAAAAGCAACAACAAAAAUGCCGGACGGAAGAUAGUUACAGGAAAUGAACAAUUAGUUAUCAAUCUUCAUGUUAUGUUAUUUCAACUAUUGAUACAUUUUUUUAACAAUUUCGCAUAUUAACACACUCUGACUCCACACAGAAAGAGAGAAAGAAGUAGAAUAUUUCAAUUGAGUAGAGUUCAUUCCAUAGCGUCAAGAUUGUGGGUGUGGGCUAUGUCGAUCGCUCUCGGCCAAAAUGUUGACGCUGUGAAUCCCAAACAGGACGUGAGUGGAAACGAACAUGAUGAUGGAUGGCAUGUGUGAAUGCCGGAGCGUGAAAGAGAAAACACACGGAAGGAAAAAAAACUACAAGAAAGAGCAUAGGUCUUAAGGAAGAAGUGUAAGGGGGAAGGCAUAUUUGUUAUGUUAUACUUUUGAGAAAUUAAUUUAACGAACGAUUACUACCUAGCUGCAAUCGAAACCGGAAAAUCGGACAAAUUCAAACACGGUCUACCCCACAACACAGUGGGAUGCGAGAAAACGCGCAGAAAACUUGUAUAGUUGUGCUAAAUCAGCAUCAUCGUAUUACCAUUUCGAAGCAUCUCGGCUCGACUAUAGAGAGAAAAAAACGGUUUGAAGAGCAAGUGAAGAGUUUUGAGGAUUAAAGUAAAAAUAUUACAACCGGACAAAUAUAGAGAAGGAUUAUAACUAUUUAUGAUUAACGAUGAACAAACAAAAAAAAAACAACAGUUAGAAAAAUUUUGCUUGGAGCUACAAAACCAGAUACACAUUAAAAUGAUUCAAACAAAAGUGAAACACGGUCACAAAAAACACACAUCAGUGCGCGCAUAUGACGGAGAAACGCAAAACAGAAGAAAUAUUCUUGUUUAAGACAUUAGUGGCAUCUACUCUACUUUUCAGCAUUUCAUGGAGCGAACUAUGUUUUGUAUUUUGGUCGGUGUUGCUGCUGUAUUGAUAGCAUAUAGUAUGAAAGCGCGCGCAUUCGAAAAUGCUUACAAACAAUUUAUUAUUAGCCUGUGUUGUUUUCUUCAUUUUGUCUUCAACGAAUAUAUUCGGGAAUUUACCAUUUCUGUUGUAGAUUUCGUUUACGGUGACAUUAUAUUUACCUGGUUUCGGGGCAAACCGCAAGCCGUGGUUAUUUUGUUUUCUCUUUUGUCCGUAAUAAAUAAUUAUUUUCAACAUAA